AUGGCCACGCCUUUUCGUCCCGCCCCUUGCAUUACUGCACCUCUUAUCACUGUACCUCUUAUCACUGCACCUCUUAUCACUGCACCUCUUAUCACUGUACCUCUUAUCACUGUACCUCUUAUCACUGUACCUCUUAUCACUGCACCUCUUAUCACUGCACCUCUUAUCACUGUACCUCUUAUCACCGUACCUCUUAUCACUGCACCUCUUAUCACUGCACCUCUUAUCACUGCACCUCUUAUCACUGUACCUCUUAUCACUGCACCUCUUAUCACUGUACCUCUUAUCACUGCACCUCUUAUCACUGUACCUCUUCUCACUGCACCUCUUAUUACUGAACCUCUUAUCACUGCACCUCUAAUCACUGUACCUCUUAUCACUGUACCUCUUAUCACUGUACCUCUUAUCACCGUACCUCUUGGUACCGUACCUUUUGGUACCGUACCUCUUGUUACCGCACCUUUUGGUACCGUACCUCUUGGUACCGUACCUUAUGGUACCGUACUUUUUGUUAUUGUACCUCUUGUUACCGUACCUUUUAUCACCGUACCUCUUGGUACCGUACCUCUUAUCACUGUACCUCUUGGUACCGUACCUUUUGGUACCGUACCUCUUGUUACCGCACCUUUUGGUAUGGUACCUCUUGUUACCGCACCUUUUGGUACCGUUCCUCUUGGUACCGUACCUUUUAUCACCGUACCUCUUGGUACCGUACCUCUUAUCACUGUACCUCUUGGUACCGUACUUUUUGUUAUUGUACCUCUUGUUACCGUACCUUUUGGUACCGUACCUCUUGGUACCGUACCUUUUGGUACCGUACUUCUUGGUACCGUACCUUUUAUCACCGUACCUCGUGGUACCGUAUCUUUUAUUACUGUACCUCUUGGUACCGUACUUCCUAUCACCGUUUUAACAAAAGAUAUGGUACCAAAAGGCGCGGUAACAAGAGGUUCGGUACUAAGAGGUACGGUAACAAGAGGUACAGUAACAAAAAGUACGGUACCAAGAGGUACAGUGAUAGAGGUACGGUACCAAGAUACAGUGAUAAAAGUACGGUAA